AUGGCUGUCCUGCGGCAGAAGAACGGCAACGAUCUCGCAUUCGAUCGGCUGGCAUCAAAGAAGUAUUCCAAUGCUCUCCAGCUGACCCAGCGAGCGCUUCAAAAUUCAAAGUCGGCCAGGUCGGAUGAGGCUCUCGCCACAGUUCUCCUACUCGGCAUCCAUGAGCUCGUGAUAAUGGACAGGCCGCGCUGUGAAAGCAGCCGCAUCUCUGUUCAUCUCAUUGGAGCCAUUAAACUUCUGCAGCUGCGAGGUGUUGAGCAAAUGAAUUACGCUUGGGGGAGAAUGAUGGUCUUGAGAACUUUCACUGAGAUCAUGACCAGUUGUCUCUAUCAUCGGUGGCCUGUGCCAGCGAGUAUCAUGGAUUUCCAGAGAUCGAUUCGGCAUACCAUGCAUCCGGAAGAAAUGGCAGUGGCCAAUCUGAUGGAAAUAGCGGCGAGGCUGUGCAAUGUGUUGUAUCGACCAGUAGUGGAUAAGACGUCCGAGAUGUUGGAAGCUCUGGUCGCUAUCGAUGAGGACCUGGACGGCUGGGCUCAGAAAUCAGUAACACCUCGACUUAGCUUUGAGAGGGUACCGAUCGAGAAUCCAGACAAGAGCUUCCUCACUUACUGGGACUCUUACUCGAAUCACAUUUCCGGCUUGGUCUGGAACACAUACCGAUGCAUGCUGAUUCUUUUAAAUGAGAGAUUGCUUAGCAUGUCACAAGACUGGGCCGCGGGUUUGGAGGCCAAAAACCAGGCAUAUUACGCCCAAAGGGCACCUUCUCGAAUCGCAGAGCUGUGUGAAGGCAUCUGUCGUAGUGUUCCCUUCUUUCUGGGAGAAGAGGGCUCUACGCACGCGUGGCUCGAAGAAUCGCAAGAACCCCCGACAAUGUAUGGGGGCAUGGCGAUGUUGAUUCCACUUUGUGUUGCUGCGGACUGCAAACAAGUGUCGCCACCUGUGCAUUCGUGGCUUGUCCACCAAAUUUCUCGGUUGGCCAGAGACACGAGAAUAGCGGGUGCGCAGGCGUUCUUAAAACGCCUCCGAGAUGAGUCCUCCCAGGGUGUGGGUCCAUGA